CUCUUUUUAGGCCCGCCCGGCUCCCGGGAGCGCGCACGUCCCAGAGUCCGCGCCGACUGCGGGCGCUACGGCCACGCACGUCGGUCGCUGCGGUCACGCUGCUGCAUGUCGGACCCAACCCUGAGGAUCCAGGACCAUGUGGAAGCUGAUUCCUGCCGAGGCCUCGGCCCGAGACCCAUACAGACUUUUGACUGGUGUUGAGUACAUUGUUGGAAGGAAAAAUUGUGACAUUUUAAUUGAAGAUGAUCAAUCAAUCAGUCGAAAUCAUGCUAUAUUAACUGCUAACUUUUCUAUAACCAACCUGAGCCAAACGGAUGAAAUCCCUGUAUUGACAAUAAAAGAUAAUUCUAAGUAUGGUACCUUUGUUAAUGAGGAAAAAAUGCGGACUGACUUUUCCCAAACUUUGAAGACAGGGGAUAGAGUUACCUUUGGAGUGUUUAAAAGUAAAUUCAGAGUAGAGUAUGAACCUUUGGUUGCCUGCUCUUCUUGUUUAGAUGUCUCUGGGAAAACUGCUUUAAGUCAAACUAUAUUGCAACUUGGAGGACUUACUAUGAACAAUUGGACAAAGGAAUGUACACACCUUGUCAUGGUAUCAGUUAAAGUUACCAUUAAAACAAUAUGUGCACUCAUUUGCGGGCGUCCAAUUGUAAAGCCAGAAUAUUUUACUGAAUUUCUUAAAGCAGUUCAGUCUAAGAAACACCCUCCAGAAAUUGAAAGGUUUUACCCACCUGUUGAUGAACCAGCUAUCGUAAGUAAAAAUAUUGAUCUGUCGGGACGGCAGGAAAGAAGGCAAAUCUUCAAAGGGAGAACAUUUGUCUUUCUAAACGCCAAACAGCAUAAGAAAUUAAGUGCAGCAGUUGUAUUUGGAGGAGGAGAUGCUAGGUUGAUAACAGAAGAAAACGAAGAAGAAGAUAGUUUCUUUUCAGCUCCUGGAACUUGUGUUGUUGAUAUAGGAAUAACAGAUUCACAGACCUUAAUUCCUGACUCUCAGAAAAAAUGGCUUCAUUCAAUUAUGGAUAUACUCCAAAGGAGGGGUCUUAGACUUAUUCCUGAAGCGGAAAUUGGCUUGGCAGUUAUUUUCAUUACUACAGAGAAUUAUUGUGAUCCUCGCAGCCAGCCAAGUACAGGAUUGAAGACAACUCCAGGUCCAAGCCUUUCUCAAGGCUUAUCAGCCAAUGAAAACUUAAUGCCAGGUGCCCCAGUGAAUACUGCAACAUAUGUAGCUGACACAGAAUCAGAGCAAGCAGAUACAUGUAUGGAUUUGAGUGAAAGGCCAAAGGAAAUCAAAAUCUUCGAAGUGGACCAAAAUCUCAGAAUACCAUCACAAGAAAUAUCCGCUAUGAAGGAAUACCCUAAAAUAAGCUCUAAUCGCAGUAAUAUAGUAUCAGAUACUCUCGUUAAGAUGAAAAUCCCGAACUAUCAGCUUUCACCAACUAAAUUCCCAGGUGUAAAUAAAAAGAGAGAUCAGCCUUCUCAGCACCAGCAAACCAACUCCAUCAAAAACUACUUUCACCCAUCUCCUAAAAAAAGGGAAAGGGAUGAAGAAAAUCAAGAAAUGUCGUUAUCUAAGUCAGCAAGAACAGAAAUGUCUUUAGAACAAACACAACCUACUACACCAUCAAUAUGGAACAAUAAGGAGCAGCAUCUAUCUCAGAAUAAGCCUGUUGAAAAGAAAACAGAUAACUUAUUUGCAGAUAUAGAUUUAAAAUCCACCGUAAAAAAUUCUACCAGAGCCAUGGGUGUGGCUGUUUCUACAGAAAAACUAAGAUCAGAAAAAAGAAAAGAAAUUGAUGAUUUAGCCAUAGAAGAUGAAAUAUUUGAACAGUUAUUCAAGAACACAAAGCCAGAGUUAAAAAUUGAAGUGGAAGUUCAGAAACAAGAGGAAGAUGUCAAUAUUAGAAAAAGGCCAAGAUUGGAUAGAGAAACAAAUGGCACUUUUAAUGAUGAAGCAAUACCAGAAAGGAACAAAAUAUCUCAAGAAAAUGAAAUUGGGAAGAAGUGUGAGCUCAAGAAAGAAUCAUUGUGGUCAGUGAAAGAAAUACCUAACAACAGUGAACUUCAAGAUGAAGGUGAGAUGCUUCCAAGGAAGGUGUUGCUGACCAAAUUUGAGUCACUGGUAGUCAGUAACUCUUUCUCCAGAAAUCUAUCCAGUAUAAAUAAUGAUUAUGGUGAACUAAAGAAUUUCAAGAAAUUCAAAAAGGUCACAUAUCCUGGAGCAGGAAAACUUCCACACAUCAUUGGAGGAUCAGAUCUGAUAGCUUAUCAUGCUCGAAAGAAUACAGAAUUAGAAGACUGGUUGAAGCAGGAAAUGGAGGUUCAAAAUCAACAUGCAAAAGAAGAAUCUCUUGCUGAUGAUCUCUUUAGAUAUAAUCCUAAUGUAAAAAGAAGACGAUAAAGAAGCCAUGGAAAAACAUUUUCUAUUAAGCAUUUACUUUGGGUUAUCUCUGGGAUAUAUGCGUAUAGUGUAUAGAAGAUUUAAGUAUAUGACCUAAAUUUAUUAAAUAAAAUGCACAAAAUUCCA